AUGAACGAUCACUUGAACGCGACUGCCCAACAUAAAGAUGGAGAAAAAUGUGGAAGCAUGGGAGGAGAAAGUUUUACAGAAGAACAAGAGGCUUUGGUGGUGAAGUCAUGGAAUUUAAUGAAGAAAAAUGCUGGGGAAUGGGGUCUCAAAUUCUUUAUCAAGAUAUUUGAGAUUGCACCAUCAGCCCAGAAACUAUUCUCAUUUUUGAAGGACUCAAAUGUUCCACUUGAGCAGAACCCCAAACUCAAACCUCAUGCCAAGUCUGUCUUCGUCAUGACAUGUGAAGCUGCUGUACAACUGAGGAAAGCAGGAAAAGUUGUGGUAAGAGAUUCAAGUCUGAAAAAAAUAGGUGGUGUGCACUUCCAGUAUGGAGUGGUGGAUGAACAUUUUGAGGUUACUAAAUAUGCACUCUUGGAGACAAUAAAGGAAGCAGUAGGAGAAAUGUGGUCUGCAGAAAUGAAGAAUGCUUGGAGUGUGGCCUAUGAUCAAUUGGUUGUUGCAAUCAAGACUGAAAUGAAACCCUAA